AUGGGGCCAUCACAAGCUCUGCUCGAAAUGCCGAGUGCAGCUCGAGGGUCACGUCUCGAUCAUGAGUACGAGCGGGAUGGGACACAGUUUCCUCUAACCCUUUCCGGAAAACCGCCUACUCGAUCGAUUUCCCCUACGAAACACUUGACAACGUGUACACUGCCAGUGACCUACCAUCUCAACGAUGAUGCUCACUGCGACUUCACUCUAAUCGAAGACACUUUUUUUGCGUACUUCGGCUUUUCGUUGCUAGUUGGCGAGCACAAACGCAUCAGGACAAGUCAGGUACCGAGUUCUAGAUUCCUGACGCAAGGACGCAACCUUAUUGUUUUCCUCUACCAGCAUAAGUUGGAAUCUUGA